CUGCCCAUGGUUUCCAUUUCCAUACUCCAUUUUCUCGAACUCAUACAUCAUUCGACCAUAUCCCAAUUUCCCAAUUCCACCAUAUCUCUCCCUCUUCACUUGCGUCCGUUAAAAGCAUUACAAACCCCAAUUCCCCUCAAAAUUCCACUCAUCCUCCGCCGCCCAACCAUCCCCAAAUGCCCUUUCAAGAUUCCGCCGCCGUGAGCGGCGACCCACUUCCCCACCCACCGCCACCGCCGAAGCCAGAGACUCAACUCCUCUCUCUGCUCCUCAAAAUCGCCAUCAUGAUCCUCUUAACAACUCUCUUCUUUGUCUUCCUCGGCCUCGCCACCGCCCUUCUCCUAAUCCAUCUCUGCGUCGCCAGCGCCCUCCACCGUCAUCGCCGCUUCCACCGCCGCCGUGCCCAAUUCUCCGAUUCCUCAACUGGGUUCUCCCAUCGUGACCUCAAAAAGCUCCUCCAGUUCCGAUUCUCCAAUUGGGUCAAUCCCCAUUCUCAAAUUGACUGCUCUAUUUGCCUUGAUGGGUUUAGAAAAGGUCAGUGGUGUAGGAAACUUGGUGGGUGUGGCCAUGUUUAUCAUCGGAAGUGUAUUGAUUCGUGGUUAGUUAGGGUUUCUGCUUGCCCCCUUUGCCGACGUUGUGUUCGAUUGGAUAAGGAAGAACUGGAAAUUGAUUGUGUAAGUUCUCCGAACUAUGAACUUUUGUAUGCUCUGUAACUCUUAAACUCGAGUUUAGUUUUUUCCCCCUUUUAGAUGUAUAUAUAGUUGAAGCAAAGUUAUUUGAUGAAAGUUUCUUUUGGUUA